AUGCUGCUACCUCAAUUGCUUGGAGUCUUUGUAUUCCUAUUUGCGCGGUUUGCAUUUGGCGCUACAUUGCAGACCAAAGCGGCUGGAACUUGGGAAAACGUUGCAUUUACAAGGGUUGUUAAUCUUAUGAGAUCCUAUCCAAUUGAAACAGUAUCACUGACAAUUAAAAAUGUCGGAUCCUACCCCGAAAGUAUAUACUACUUUGGUCUUCCUGACUCAGUUUUUGACAGGAUUUCAGUAUUUUCUGCUAGAAUGCCGGAUAAGAAUGCAUUCAUUGAGAGUUCCCUGUAUACACAGAAAGUUGAGCAAGGCGGUGUCCCGGUAUCCUGCGGUGUACUUAAAUUGGCUUCUCCAAUUGAACCAAAUAAUACUAUUGAUCUAGAAGUUGUUUUCGCAUACAAUGCGGGAUCGUCCUUAACUCCCUACCCUGAACAUAUUUCCAUAGAUACCAUACAAAUGCUACAUUUGAACACUUCUAUCCUUCCAUAUUCGCUUUACCCAACUGUUGACUACAGACUAGAAUUUCUGGGAAGUGAUGAGUAUACUGUUCUCAAUGCUCGACCAGAUGUUAGCGUUAAAAAACAGGGAAGUAAUAAGUUGCAGAUAGGUCCAAUUAAGAAUACUAAGGAGCUAACUCCAUCGAGUCUUUCACUUGUCUAUAAGCACAAUCUUCCUUUAACAAGGGUAGUGAACUUGAAUAGAGAUAUCUGGCUUUCUCAUUGGGCAAAUACAAUUCAAUUCGAGGAGUAUUAUGAGGUUACGAAUGAUGCUGCAAAAUUGAAGGGUGGUUUUUCUAGGGCCGAGUUCAUGAAUGGGGAAUAUACUCGUAAGCAGGGUACUCAUUUGCUAGGAUUUGAAAUGGUUUUGCCCAAUGAAUCCUCAGGUCAUUAUUUUACCGAUUUGGUAGGUAUGGUUUCCACUUUCAAGGUAUUCUCAAAUCGUUUAUAUUUGAGACCAAGAUAUCCUCUAUUUGGUGGCUGGUUCUACAAUUUCACAGUCGGGUGGACAAACGAAUUAUCUCAAUUUCUGCAUAGUCCCGGGGAAGAGGAACAUAUUUUGCGUGUUCCUUUGCUAAAUGGCCCGAAUGAUAUUUUUUAUGACAACGUUAAACUAUCAUUUUAUCUCCCAGAAGGUGCAAGUAUAGUGUCAGUGGAGUCACCGGUACCCAUUAAGUAUAAGCUUUACAAAUAUGAAAAGUCUUACCUUGACCUAAAUGCCGGACGCUCUAAAGUUGUAAUUGGCUUUAAAAAUUUAAUUGAUAAUGCCAGAGAUGAAAGCUUAUUUGUGAAAUACAAAUACUCAAAGACUAACUUGUAUAUGAAGCCGUUGUCAAUUUCCCUUUAUAUAUUCUGCGCCCUAAUGGCUUACUUCCUUUUGAAGCAGAUAAAUUUAAGUAUUGAACCAUGA